AUGAACGAGGAGGAGGCGAAGCGGCUCCUCACCGCGUGCCUGCCGCGCUUCUCGCAGGCUGGCUUGCCGCCGAUCGCCGCGACCGAGAUCGUCGGCGUGGCAGCGACGGCGAUUGCUUCGCUCUGGGCCGGGAUGGGCAGUGUGUAUCGGCUCAGCGCCAAGACGAAGCGCGGCGACGUGUCGAUCGUCGCCAAGCGAGUCGAGCUUCCGCAACGUUGCAGCAGCAUCGGCGACCAGCGCAAGAAGGACUCGUACGAUGUGGAGGCGGCGUUCUACAGCCGAGGUCACGCGGAGAGGCUCCUCUCCGCCGGCGCAAUCGUGCCGACGCCGCUGCACGUAGAGACGUCGCGCGGCGAGAACGUCACCAUCUGCAUGACGCGGCUCGAGGGACGCAGCAGCCACCGAGGCGACUCGGCCGCCUUUGUCUCGUGGCUCGCCAAGUUGCACGCGGCGUACUGGGGAAGCGAGCGGGCGGACGCCGCCGUCGAGAGCGGGCUGCAAGCGCAAGGCACAUACUGGCACCUCGACACUCGGCCGGAGGAGCACGCGCGGAUGGGCAGCGGCGGCUGGAUCGGGCGUUUGAAGCUCGCUGCGCGAGCGAUCGACCUUCGUCUCAAGGCAGACCCGAUGCAGGCGGUCUGCCACGGCGACGCAAAGGGCGCGAACAUACUGUACUGCACGGGCGAGGGCGGCGAGGCGGUGCCGCUGGUCUACGACUUCCAGUACUGCGGCAAGGGCUGCGUCGCCAAGGACCUCGCCUACUUCUUCAACGUGGAGGCGUCCGCCUCAGAGGAGCAGGCGCUGCUGCGAAGGUACCAUGCCGAGCUGAGCGGGCUGCUGCGUGCGCAGGGCGACUCGCCGCCGAGCCUAGAGGCGCUGCAGGAGGCGCACGAGAUCGCGCUCGCCGACUGGCGCCGCUUCUCGGAGGUGGGGCUCGGCGGGUGGGGAGACGGGCGCGCGACGCGGAGGGUGGUGGCGCUGCUAGACCGGCUCGACGGAGGGAAGGCGCUGGCGAGCGAGGAGGCGUACGUGGAGGCGAUGCGCCGAGAGUUUCCGGUGGAGGGCUGA